GUCAAAUGCGACAGUACUCGGACAAUCUCGGAGAUAGUCGAUAAAUUAAAUCACAAGACUAGUAUCAGCUGAGUUGCUCUUGAAAAUUUAAUUUUUGAGAAGAUCAAGCUCAAAUAAAUUGAAAAAUAUGGCUUCUAACGUGCAACAUAGUGAUCCUAAGUUUCAUGAUAUCAUUACUUCUUUUGAUGAUGGAAAAAUAGAUAUGUUGGCAGCAACUAGUGUGCUGCAACAAAAGGCCUCUGAUAUCAGAAGUCAAAAGGUGAACUGGCAAUCUUACUUUCAGUCUCAAAUGAUAUCCCAAGAAGAUUUCCAAUUCAUCACCCAAUUUGAUGUUCCCGAUAGAGAGAAGCGUGAAGAACUAUUACAAAGGGACCGCCUACAGUGCGCACAGACCUUCCUCAACUUAUUGGGACAUGUUUCAAAAGAUCAAACCUUGCAAUAUAUUCUUGUUUUAGCAGAUGAUAUGCUUCAGGAGGACCACAGCAGAGUUGAAAUUUUCCAUGAGUACGCUCAUAAGAAGAAAGAAUCUGUUUGGGGUCCAUUUUUGAACCUCCUAAAUCGUCAGGAUGGGUUCAUUACAAACAUGACCUCAAGAAUUAUUGCUAAAAUAGCCUGUUGGUCUCAUACUCCAAUGGAAAGGUCAGAUCUUCAUUUCUAUUUGACUUGGCUCAAAGAUCAGUUGAAGAUGCAAUACGAUAAAUUAGUGGCAUCCUUAGCUAGAGUUGAUGCUCUGCGUGGAGCCUCAGGAGAGCAGCCUGUGGAAAAGUUUACGGAAGCUUCAUUCAGCAUUGACGAACCACAAAAACAUGAUGAGAUGACGAAUAACGAGUACAUCCAGUCCGUUGGGCGCUGCCUCCAGAUGAUGCUAAGGAUCGAUGAGUACCGUUUCGCCUUUGUGUCAGUGGAUGGUAUUUCUACCUUGCUGAGCGUUCUGUCCGGACGCGUUAAUUUUCAGAUACAGUACCAGCUGAUUUUCUGUCUGUGGGUGCUGACGUUCAACCCGCUUCUGGCGGAAAAAAUGAACAAGUUCAAUGUGAUCUUGAUAUUGGCCGAUAUACUGAGCGAUUCAGUCAAGGAGAAAGUGACCAGAAUCAUUUUGGCCGUUUUCAGGAACCUGAUUGAGAAACCUGAAGAUCCCCAGGUGUCCAAAGAGCAUUGCAUCGCUAUGGUUCAAUCAAAGGUGUUAAAGCAACUUGCAAUCCUUGAACAACGAAAAUUCGAAGAUGAAGACGUGACCGCCGACGUGGAAUUUUUGACGGAAAGACUACAGAGUUCUGUGCAAGAUUUGAGUUCGUUCGAUGAGUACGCCACUGAGAUCAAGUCGGGACGUUUGGAAUGGUCACCGGUCCAUAAGAGCAAGUUCUGGAGGGAAAAUGCUCAACGUCUGAACGAGAAGAAUUACGAGUUACUUCGAAUUCUGAUUCACCUCUUGGAAACCAGCAAAGACCCCCUCGUGCUGAGCGUUGCCAGUUUCGAUAUUGGUGAAUACGUCAGACAUUAUCCUCGUGGUAAAACAGUAAUAGAGCAACUGGGAGGAAAACAACUUGUUAUGCAACUUCUUGCCCAUGAAGAUCCUAAUGUGCGAUAUGAGGCUCUUUUAGCUGUUCAGAAAUUAAUGGUUCAUAAUUGGGAAUAUCUUGGGAAACAAUUGGAGAAAGAACAAAGCAGUGAAAAACCCUCAAGUAAAGUCGUAGCUGGAAAAGCAUAAUUUUAAUUACUGAGUUAAUCGUCUUCACUAAGAUAUGUAUUUUAGGAGUAUAAUUAUGUCCAAGUAUAUAUUUAUCCAGAACUGAUUGGCAUGUUUUGGAUAAGCAGAACGUGAAAGUCAUGAAUAGAUAUGUUUUUAAGAAUCAUUUGAAUUUUAACUACAAAUCUCUCCAGAUCAGUCCUUUAUUCAUCUCAAGCUUUUCAGUGUAAAUAAUUUGUAAUAUUUUGUACAUUCCAAUUUAUAGGAAUUUUGGAAUGUUUUUUUGCUCCUUUAUUGCAGUAGUAUUAUAUUGUAAAUAGUUUGGAUCUUGUUGAAAAUUUUAGUUGUCUAUGAUGUAACUGUUGAAAAGUAAACAAAAAACUACA